AUGAUUCCCGACGACGACGAGGCCCUGGCGUCGCGGCGGCUCAAGGAGACGGGCAUGCGGCAGCGCCUGCGGCGCUGCCUGCGGCGCUGCCCGAAGGGCGACGUCCUCUGGACCGAGGCCACGCGCCGCUGCCGCUGGCCCAUCCUCGUGCUCUGCCUCGGGUCGCUGGGCCUCGCGCCCCUCGCGCCGGCGCUGCUGGACCGCACCUCGAACGCGAUCCAGCUCGUCGCCGGAUCGCCGAGCGAGGAGGCGUUCGGCAAGCUCAAGGCCACGUUCCCCGGGUCCGUGUCCGUGGGGUCCAUGAUCGUCUUGGUCGAGGCGAAGCGCGGCGCGACGCUCGCGGCGCACCGCGACACCUGGUGCGCCUUCGAGGACCGACUGUCCGCGGCGAUCGUGAAAGACUACGGCGGCGACGACUUUUUGAAGGGCGACCCGGAGGCCUG